GGGACUGGAGUGAAAAAACACCGCGCUAGUGGUGACCAGUCGGCUUUUAGCAGAGACUCCACGAAGUUUAUUGUUGGUCGUCGUUGUCUUCCUGCGCGUUUUAAAGCUUUUUAGAUGUGAAGUAGUAACGCUGGUGGCUGCACGAGGACUAAAGUUCCGAUUUAUCAAAGGCGUCUGCGGUGUGGUCCGGAUUGGCUCGGACUCUCAGAGGCGGGAUGGACAGCGAGGUUCAGAGAGACGGCAGAGUGCUGGAUCUGACCGAUGAUGCCUGGAGGGAGGACCGGCUGCCGUAUGAAGAUGUGACAAUUCCUCUGAGUGAACUCCCAGAAGCUGAGCAAGAUAACGGUGGAUCCACAGAGUCUGUCAAAGAGCAAGAAAUGAAGUGGUCCGAUUUGGCUCUUCAAAGUUUGCAUGAAAAUACUCCAAGUACUGGGACAUAGCAGAUUAAAUGUGUUUUCAUGAUUAAUUUGCUUGCAAGUUAUGUUUAUGUAUGUGAUGCCUGAUCUAGACUUUAGUUGUUUGGAUAAACCUUCAGACGUGCAAAUGAACAAGCACAUUAUUGCCUGUACAAUUCUGUACUCAGAGCGAGAGACGACUACGACAGUGUCUCACUUCAGCUGCCAUCUAAAGCAAAUAAUGCAGUUUCUGUAAUGACAUAACUGUGUGUUGGACUUGAGGCUUACUUGUGUAGAUGUAUUUGUUAUUAGGAGGUAAAGUUUUCAUUGAAAUUACAUGUACACUAAAGGCAAUGGCUGAUGUGAGGUUGCUGAUGCACUGAGAAAUCCAGACUUAUUGGUAAAAACAGCACUAAUAUUAAAACGUUAUAGUUUGAGAGAC